AAUUUUCCCAACCUUUGUACUAAAAGCAAUGACCAACAAUUACGUUUGUAUUCAAUCCUCGUAGCUUUUGUUUUGCCAAAUCCUAAUUCCUAACACCCCAUUUCUUGCGGGCACACUACUCUCUCUCUCUCUCUCUCUCUCUCUCUCUCUCUCUCAAUCCUUGUCUUUCCCAACCACCCCACCACCACACCGACCAAACUUCUAAUUUUCUUUUUGUUUACAUUUUCAAUCCUCAACAAAUUAAGCAGUUUUCAAUUUCUGAUCAAUCACACAUCAAUGGCUGGGUGGAUAUCUAAUAACACAAAGUCGAAUCCUAAAGCUGUUGACGGGAACGAAAUGUUUCUGGGUCUAACUGCUGUUUCUCACAAGACUGCUGGCUUACACCUCAUACAGAACUGCGAUCUUCCUCCACCCUCGAAACUCUUUACGGGUUCGGGUCAAACUGUUGUGUCAUCCAUGAAAGGGGUUUGCCGCGUGAACUCGGAUCGCGAUAAUGAUGAUCACACGGAUGAUCAGUGUGACACGGAUGGUAACCAAAUUGACGGCGAGAAUGAGAAACUGGAGCUGCUGAAGGCGUUGAGGCUGUCGCAGACGAGGGCGAGAGAGGCGGAGAACAAGUCUGAGAGGUUGGAGAAGGAAAAAGACCGUCUCUCUAAUGCCUUGCUUGUGGAGGCUAAAGAGUUGUUUGCUUACAAGCAAUGGGUGAGGUUGCUUGAGCUUCAAGUUUCAAGGUUGCAGUCACAUUGGGCGGAGGAAGACAAUAAUAAGGCAAGUUGUGGUUGUGGCAGAUCGAAAGGAGACGAUGAUGGGGAUGGCAUCACUUGGGUUGUAGCUUUGGCGCUUUGUUUCGGCAUUGCCGGCGUAGGAUUCGCAUUCGGAUGCAGAUUCUUGUACUGAAAUUUCAUUUUCGUGCUGGAAAAUAUAUAGGUGUAUACAUAUAAACAAGCACUUUGAAAACUGAAAACACAGAUCUAUUUCGAACGAGAUUCUUUGGGAUAAUAUGUUUCUGAUUUAGUGGUCCCAUUGAGUAUAGGACCCACUUUGCACUCCUCCAUGGUCCCAAGGGCAGUUGCCGAAUAAACAAAUGGAGCAACACCUAACCAUUGAUGCAAUGUCGACCUACAUAGAUCAGUGGUCAAGAGCUGUACACUCGCGCUUAAGCGACUUACCCUAGCACGGUUAAAAAUUACUAAAUACAAGAGCUUAUUAGAGUUUCC